AUGAAUAUUGCAUUGUGGAGUGAGGCAUUGAAGAAAGCAGGUAUCCUAAGGGAUUACCGCGACGUAUUACACGGUUUCAAGCAUGGCUUCCACCAAGGAAUACCAGAACACAAGAUCCCAGGAAUGGAGUGGUUCACACCCGACAACCAUAUGUCGUCAAAGCUGGCGUUAGAAAAGAUAUCAGCUUCUAUGGAGAAGGAGUUGAAAGCCGGUCGAAUGUUCGGUCCAUUUUUGCACAAUGAAGUCCGAGACAGGUUUAGAUUUUUUAGGACGAGCCCCCUAGGGGCAGUCGUAAAUGGCGAUGGCUCAGUCAGACCUAUAAACGAUUUAUCCUUUCCACACGGUGACCCCAACGUACCGUCGGUAAACUCUUUUGUCGACAAAGACGAUUUCCAAACGACAUGGGACGAUUUUAGCAUUGUCGCGGGGUUCUUUAAGGCCUUGAAAGAACCGGUACAGUUGGCGCUUUUCGAUUGGGAAAAAGCUUAUAGGCAAAUUCCCACCCACCCAUCGCAGUGGCCGUAUUUGAUGGUCAAAGGUGUCGACGACUAUUUAUAUCUAGAUACAAGAAUAACGUUUGGGGGCGUUGCAGGUUGCGGAUCUUUCGGCAGACCCGCCGACGCAUGGAAGAGAUUAUGGCGUCAGAUUCGACUUGGUAAAGAUUUCUCGCUGGUGAUGAUAACUGUCAUCAAGAACCUCUUCAAAAACUAG